AUUAUAUAAUUCUGUAAAAAUAUGUCUCGAAUAAGUCGAAUAUAUCGAUGAAUCUCAUCCGUUUGAAAAAUUUUGGUCGAGGUCUGUAUUUAAAAAUACUUUUCGCAGCAAUGCUCGAUCUAUCUCCCAUACUCUUAGCUUCACCAGUUCUAAAUUUAACUUAGUCUCGACAAAAUGGCAUCACAAGCACCUUCAGAAAUUUACGAUGAUUCAAAACGAGAAGAAAAAGAAGUAGAUAUAGCUAGAAUCGAAGCAAUGGUUACACCUGAACAAAUGCAUAGUGCUUCUGUGGCAAAAAAACGGCGAAACUUUACGAAACGACGAGCUAGCCGUCGAGAUAAAACACCUCUUAAAGAACUCGACGAUAAAACGACAACAGACGAAGAUGUUCCAGAGCAACGACCAAAAACACCGGAAAGAAGACGUCGAAAAAAAAUCGUGAGUAAAGACGAAUCGAAAUCUGAACCGGAGUUUACUGAAAAAAUGGAAUCUGCUACUAUAAAAAAAUCACACAGUUUUUCCAAACAAGUCAUAGAUGAGUACAAGAAAAGAGAAACCUUGAGUGAGUUAGCCCAGGCCGAAGUUGUUAGUUUUUUUAAUAAAACCAAAAAAGGACUAACUGCAGCUGCAAUAAGAGGCCGCGAGAGAUUUAAAAAGUUGGACAAGGAACAGGUGAGAAGAAGUCAAUCAGCACCUCACGCAUUUACACAAGAAGAAUUGAUUGAAAGCUUUCGCAAAGCACAACUUUUGGAUGAAUUUAAUGUACAACUCCAAACGAAAAUCUAUGAUGUUUACGAAAGCGACAAUAUUUCUGUCUCGAAACAGUUUCGACCAGAGGUGCAAGAAUUUGUGCGCCAAAGAAAAAAACAACGCACCACAAAUUGUUCCAAAAUUGUAGAGAUUUUAGAUCCAAAAACAUCGAAUGUGAUUGCAAUUAAAUCAGUGAUAAAAGCAGAUUUUCAUAUAAGGCAACUUUUUGAUAUUGUUCGACUUUUUACGAUUAAAGAAUUGCUGGUGUAUUUUCGUGCAUUUAAGUCCGAUAUGAAAGACGAAUGUCGAAAGAUUCGUAUCUUAAGAAAUCGAUGUAUGUGCGAACUUUUUCUUAUUAUUACUUUUUGUGGUCUGGGUGGAUUUUUAUUUAAAUUUGUUGAAGGAAGUUUUGAGCAUUUUUACAAAUGCGGCGUUAAACGAGUUAAACGCGACUUUAUCGAGAUGUUAUGGCUUAAAAGUCAUAAUCUUAGAGAAGAAGAAUGGAAAAGUUUAGCAAGAAAUAAAUUGAGGACGUUUGAAGAAGAGCUCCAUACUGCACACGAAGCCGGAAUGAAAACAUACAGUGGUCAAAGGUCGUGGAGUUUUCUAAAUUCCGUUGUUUAUUGUCUAACUAUAGUUACAACCAUUGGUUAUGGUCACAUUUAUCCUGAAACAAGAACUGGAAAAGCUUUGACCAUCGUCUACUCUCUUAUCGGUAUCCCCCUUUUUCUUCUGGCAUUAACCGAUUUCGGCAAACUCUUUACAAGAUGCAUUAAAUUUCUUUGGUCGUUUGUUAGACGACUUUAUUAUACUGGAAGCUGUCGAAAAGUGCGAAAAACAGCACACGUGAAGGAAAUUGUCAAAGGAGCACAAAUGAUGUACGAAAUUGCGACAUUUCGUCGCCCUUCAGUGUUCGCCGAGGGCGAACAAGCCGACACCCCUUCACCAACAACUCCUGCAAUGUCCAACUUUGAAAUUGACGACGAAUUUAAUCUUCCCGUUACGUUAGCCAUUUUUAUUCUUGUCGUUUAUAUGUUUGUCGGCGCUCUUAUCUAUUGGCUGUGGGAGGCUUGGAACUUUUUUGAUUCUUUUUACUUUGUUUUUAUUUCAAUGUCAACAGUUGGAUUUGGAGAUAUGGUACCGAACGACGCCGCUUGUAUGAUGGUCUCUAUUGUGUACCUAGUUUUUGGCCUCGCUCUAAUGUCGAUGUGUAUCAAUGUGGUACAAGCAAAACUGAGUGAUACUUUUCAGCAAGCUUCUACUAAAAUUGGUGCCACUAUUGGACUUUCCGUCGCCGAAGAUGACGGCAGCAUCACUACAGCGGUUCCCGACAACGUUGAAGUGGUUCCGGUUCACGACAAGGCCAAAAUUUCGACUAAAGACAGAACAGAAAAUGAUAAAAUGGAAACUCCCAAUGAAUCGACUUCUGUCAAAUCAACAUCAGUAAAAAGUUUAAAUCCCUUGAAGAAGCAAGUUGAUUUUGCAAAAGCGAGACCACAUUUAAUAAUACCGUCUCCUCAAGAAUGCAACAGAUAUCCUCAUCAGUUUACUGCAACUGCAGAAACUGCUGGCCUUACACCACAUCCUGCUUAUUUCAAGAGACAGUCGGUUUUUAUUUUCGAUCAGUUGCACGGUAUUAAAGAUUUGACCAAAUCAGGCUUAGGUUUCGGCGAAAAGUGUGCGUUCUGGCUAUACAACAAACUAAAACAAUGGAGUAGAAAGUGGUUUACGCAUACAUUUUUAACUCUGGUGUUGAUUUUAUAUACGAUCGGUGGUGCUUUUGUUUUUAUGGCAAUCGAAGGCGCCCACGAAAACAAACAAAUUAACGAAAGUAAAGUUCAAGCCAUUGAUGUGAGAGCUUCCAGACACAGAUUGAUUAUAGAUUUGAGAAACUUGUCUCUACGAAUGCCUUUAAAUUCAUCUGAUGAGGAAUGGACUAAAGAAGCACAAGAGCUCUUCGAGCGUCACAAGGAAGUGCUGAUUGAAAAUGAACAGAGAAAAAUUAAUAAAGAAAAGGAAGAGGAAAAACAGUGGUCAUUUUUUAAUGCAAUUGUUUAUUGCGGUACCGUGUACACUAGCAUAGGUUACGGUCACAUUUUUCCAAAAACCACGUCUGGCAAAGUUAUUACAAUUGUUUAUGCACUUAUUGGACUUCCCCUUUUUCUUAUUGCACUAACGGACUUUGGUAAGCUUUUCACACGUUGUAUAAAAUUUUUUUGGUCAUUUGUUCGCCGAUUGUACUAUACUGGAAGCUGUCGAAGAGCUCGUAAAACUGCUCAUGUUGAAGAUAUAUUUAAAGGUGCUCAAAAAAUGUACGAAAUAGCAACUUUUCGUCGUCCUUCAGCUGUCGUUGAUCCAGAACAUUUGACAUCUAUCCAGAUGGAAACUCCUGUCACACCAGCAAUAUCUAGUUUUGAAAUUGAUGAUGAAUUUAAUUUGCCAAUAUCUUUGGCUAUUUUUAUUCUUGUUGUCUAUAUUUUUCUUGGUGCUGUAAUUUAUUCUGUUUGGGAAAACUGGGAGUUUUUUGAUGCUUUCUAUUUCGUUUUUAUAUCUAUGACUACUAUAGGGUUUGGCGAUUUGGUACCUAAAGAUCCAGCCUGCAUGAUUGUUUCUAUUGCCUACCUAGUUUUCGGAUUGGCUUUAAUGUCUAUGUGUAUAAAUGUGGUACAGGUUAAAUUAAGUGACACAUUUAAACAAGCUUCCAAUAAAAUUGGAGCCACGAUUGGUAUUACAGUUGCCGAAGACGAUGGAAGUGUUAUAACUGUACCGCCGCAAAAUGUCGAAUUACCACAAGUACAUGAAAAUACUUUAAGUGUCAUAAAGCAGGAGUCGAGUGAAAUAACAAACUCAAUUUAAUUAAGUAGCACAAAAAUACAACUACACAUUUUUUUUGUGUUUUUUUGUUUGAAUAAUGUUUUUAUAAAUAAAAAUAUUUAUUUUAUA